GGGGGGCGGAAUUGUGAAAGAGCUUUCCUGGAUAGAGUUACAUCGCUCAGCAUUUGGAGAACAGGGCUCACGUUAAAGCCGGGAAAAAUGUCCAAGUGAACAGGACGCAUCUCUGACCCAGCGCGAGACCCCCACACACAAAAAUAAAAACUAGAAUGCUUCAACUGGGAAGUUUGUUUACUCCGUUUCAACUCAGCCCCAGAGCUCCAGAAAGUGCUGGAGGCGUCAAACAAACUCAGACAUUACCUGAGUUUUUGCAGCACGUCAGGAAACUCACCGGGCUGAGAAAGGAAGAUGUUUACUGUAACCUCCGCAUCCCUGAUCAGAGUCAGGAGGCCAAAGACGACAUUAACAUUGUUAUUCUCACAGGUCAGGGGAUCUUUUGCAUAGAUGUAAAACCCUGGAGAGGGACAGUGUCCACUCAAAACCAGAAGUGGCAAAUCCAAGUGAAAGAAGAGGACCAAAACUUCACAAAUACCUGCAUCGAGCAGACUGAAGAUCCCCUCAAAGCUCUCACAACCAAGAUGGCUCACUUAUGUCACCAUCUGAAGAGGAGUGGGGUAUCUGUGCACCAAAACCUCUUCUUCCCCAGGGUCAUCUUCCUCUCUCCAGACUGUGAGCUGGAUGAGGAGCUGAGGAAGAGGAGGGAGCUGGUCUCCUACAGCCAGAUAGACAACUUCCUCAGGUCUUUCAGGGAGGGCUACAUGGCCUGGAUAUCAGACGCUCUGACUCCAUCCUGGCUCUCUGGUCAUCUGUCGUAUAAGCAGAUGGACGCAGUGCGGGAGGUCCUGAGGCGGGUGGGAACGUGGGAUCUGGUGAGGCUUCACUGUGGCGAGCAGCUGAAAGGCGACUACCAGAGCUGCCAGUACAUCGCUGUGAACCGGCAGGAGACAGACACGCUCGAGUUCUCCAGAGUCAAGACCCUGACGGCCGACUCGCUGUGGGCCCUGCUGGGACACACUCCUCAGGUAACAGUUAAAAUGUACAAACGUGGAGCUCAGGGCUGGCUCGGUAAGUCCCUGAGCGCCACCUCCACCAUCCCAUCCAACACCUGUGUGAUCUUCAGGAUCAGCGGCGAGGAGGCAGAUGCUAAAAUCCCAGCAGACACCAUUCACAGCAUCACGCUCAGCAUUUGAGAACCGCAGCUGAGGAAAGGGUCAGUUCACUCAAAUGACCAUGAACAACCCAUACACACCGAUGAAAGAAAGAAAUAGACACCUUAUGUCAUGAUCAUAUCAUUAGCCUCAUAGCAUAAUUACCCAAGUCAUACACUAUAUGGACAAAAGUAUUGGGACAUAUUGAAUUCAGGUGUUUUUCUAACAGGGGUCUCGGAUAUAAAAUAAUGACAAGUGUUGCAGUAUAGUUCUCUAUUGUGAUAAAUAUCAUACUGAUUAUUAAUAUUAUUGAUGUUUUUAUCUCAAAUCAGCAUGAACAGGAGAUCUUACUGCUGAUGUGUCCCAAU